AGAUGCAGGUGACUGUUCCGUAAAUCAUUAUUGUCAUGUCAAGUUUAUAAACUUGACUUUACAAAUGUAUUAUGGAAACAAAACCAAUCGUAACAUGUCACGGAGAUCAGUCUUUAUUCUCGUCUCUCCAUCCCACACUGUUACAGGGACUUCCAUCGGAGGCGACAGAAUGGAGAAGGUCUUACAGUCGUGCUCCAAAGACUGUGUACCUAGAGGCCAGUUUUGUUCCAUAUGAUGAGGACAUUUUACCAACAGAGACAGACAAAACACUUGUCAGUCGACCAUACUUCCAUAUCUUCUGGACUUCCUGUGAUUUGGAUACUUAUAAACAAACUAUACGUGAGGAACUUGUGGAAUGGACAUCUGCACUAAAGAGAAAGAACAUUCCUGAUUGGUUGAUAGUGGUUGUUGUCACAGAUGAAAGUAAACUAAAGUCCAAACUGUUGCCAAGGUCUUCAGUAUAUGAUAAAAUCAGAAGUGAUUUCUGUAACAAGCAGCCUGAAAGAUGUGUGGCAGUCACAGAGCCUCUGAAACAGGAUCAACGGAUGAACGAAUCUUGGCAGGUUUUGCUUCAGCGACUUCGCUCACUGUUACUUCAAGCCUUCAACAGACAUCUCAACAAGUAUGAGGAUGGAAUGAGAAGUCUACGCGAGAAAAGAAAUGAACCAGGAUGGAAAUUCAACAACUUUUUCCUUGUUCAGGAGGAGCUGGCCUUCAUGUAUGAGAUGCUAGGCCUAUUUGAGGAUGCCCUGAUACAGUAUGAUGAAUUAGAUGCUCUGUUUACUCAGUACAUCCUUUUCUAUGCUGCAGGAAAUCCAGUGAAUUGGAUGUUGAAGUACACAGCUGAAUGCACAAAAUGGUCUGGAUUGUCACUUAGAAAACCAAUCAACCGUGACAUUCGAGAUUUAAUUAAGGAUAAUAAAGACAACCUGCUGGACUUCAGGAGCUAUCUGUUCUCUAGGCAGUGUGCCCUGCUCUUCCUUUUGGAUAAACCUCUAGAUAUUCCUAAACGAGCCAUGGAGUUCUUACAUAAUACUGUACAGGAAAUCCACAAGUUAAAGGUGACAAUGCCUGUAGGCAGUAUUGACUGUUGGGUUUUUCUGAGCUGUCUAGAAAUCCUCAACAAGUGUGAAAACUUCAUGGGAUCUGAUCCCAUUAAGAGUUACUCCCUAUAUACAGCCAGUCUCUGGGAUUAUGCCCGAAAGAAGCUGAGAUGCCUAGGAGAGUUGUGUGGUUUACGACCAGAACCAGACAUUGAACCAACUUCUGACCAACUUACCCUGGUGCUAGAUCUUAUAUCUGGUUUGGCAACUAAAGAUGAUGAUGACAAAGAGGACAUAAAGAAACGACCUCCUGAAAAACUGAGGGAAGCUUUGUCAUCCAAAGACGCCUUCACUAAAACAUACCUGGAAUUAUCUGAGCUUGCCAUGGGAACUUUUAAACACAUCAGCAGGUUUAGGUCUGCCCGUCUAAUUGGAAAAGAUUUAGCAGAUUUUUACAUACUACAAGGGGAGCCCGAGAAGGCAGAAAACUUCCUGAUGGAUGCCAUGAAAAGUUUCCACCAAGAGGGCUGGCAUCAUCUUGCUGAUGACAUGAAAUUGGAGCUGGCUAAAUGCCAGAAACUGUUGGGAAACAGACUGAAAUACUUGAAAACAGCUUGUCAGGUGGUGAGUAGUCCGACCUUAUCUACUGAUGUGCGUCAAACAUUUCAGACAGAAAUUUUCAGCAUUGCAAAGGAAUGCUCAGGGAGUAACUAUGUUUUAAAGGCUGCUCCAAUGUUUGUUGUGGAGGAUGUUGUUGUUCAGGAACAUUCCAUUAUCUGUGAUCAGACUGUAACUAUAGACCUGCACCUCCAGUGUGACAUUCCAGAGGCUGUCCAUUGCGACAGCGUCAGUCUGUCUGUCCGCCCUCAUGCUGUCAUUAAACACAAUGUCUCAGGGAAGAGACUUCUAUGUAAAAUAGACAGUGGAGGUAUGCUUAAAGAACAAGUGCCAAACUUCAACCCAAUCAGAAAACCAGUUCCUAGUCAAAUUGAGGUCAAGGCCAACAUGGAUUCUGGGUCUUGUGGAAUUGUCUGUGUGAACUCGCAGGACUUGUUGCGACGGAUGGAUAGUAGUAAAAAUUACCGCAGAGAGUCUCAGCAGACUAAGGAAGACUUUAGUGAGGCUCUGGUACUGCAGGAAGUGGAGCUUAAACCAGGGAAGAAUGUACUUAGUUUGUCUAAGCAGGUGAAGAAUGCAGGAGGUCACAAACCCCAUCAACUGUUGAUUAAAAUAGGGGGUCUGGAUUUUCUGAAGACUUUGGAGACUGAAGAAUAUUUUUGUGUUUCUAAUAUACAGCCUGUGUGUGUACUCAAACCUGCUGUUGGAGAUUACCUUCUAUCUGGUAUAACGCAGCAAGCCUCUCUCAGUAUCUCACCUGGGAGUUUCCAUCUGACCCCGGGGGAAACCCUCAAAUUAGAGACCUCCCAGAGCCUCACUGUCACCACAGAAAGUGAUGACAACACACUGGUUGUCAUGGAGACAGAGAAUGGUAAACCCCAGGAGUUCAAAGUUCAGAUUCACCAUCAGAGGGAGAAUUCAAUGACAUCAGAAGCUCAGAUGAUAGUGAUGUGCAAUAGUUUUCCUUUACCCGUGAAGAUGAAUUUGACCCUAAAUUCUCCAUUUUGGGUCACACAUAAAAUACUUACUGCAGGAGACAGGAAAUACAUCCAGAUCUCACUAGAUGGCAGCACCAAGGAGAAGUUCCUGUUGACAGACCCUGUGAUACACUGUGAGAACCCAGAUAUAGAACUGCUUCCAAUGAACAAGCAAGGACAAGAAUUGAGUGUUAGUCGUCACCAGACCGUAUCAUAUGUCUGGCAACUGAAGUGUAACAGUCCGAAGGUCAACAGUGUGAAGUUACUGUACACUGUCCACUACAGUAGUCCUCUGGACAUUAGUGAGAAAACUCACAAACUGACCUACGCUUUCACCAUUGCAGACUUUCAGACUUUGUACACUGUAAAGAUGGAUGUGAAACCAGAGGAAGGGAAAAAGAUGUGUACAGUGGGCAGUUUGGCAGUUGUAACCAUAAGGAUCACACGAUCCCAGUGGUGUAGUGAUACGUCACCUGUACUGUAUAAAAUUGAGGAUAAACCAGACGUGUGGGCAGUCACUGGCAAAAGCUCAGGACUAAUAGACAUUCCAGAUGGACAGAGUGAAAUUACAUUGAAUGUUAUUCCAUUAAAACCAGGACUCCUCCAUUUUCCAAUCCUGACCUUGUUCAGACCUAACAAAGGUGCUUGGACAACAUCAGGUAACAACAGAAAAUCAGAAUCGCCCACUGAUAUAUCCCCAGAUGAGGAGAGCAACCCUUAUCAGGGGUUCUCCCGUGGCCAGGUGUACUAUGCCAGCAGUUCUAAACAGGUGCAAGUCUUUACAGAUUCUACAAAAGGAGGGAAGUCUUCUUGACACAAAAUAGAUUUUAGGAAUGUAUUUUUGUUUGGAUUGAGAAUUGUGCCAAAUUUAAAGUUUUUGUUGACACUGCCAGAUGAUCUUAAUAUAUAAUCAAGGCCAUAUUCAUUCACACCCAAAUUAAACAAUGGAAUCAACAGGAAAUUGGAAAAUAUAAACUUAAAUGAAUUUGUCAAGGAAUGGAAAUUGAGUGAAGAAGGAUUGAAGAAUGAAGUGUAAUUAUAAAUAACAUUUCAGACAUUAAACAACUUUAAACUAAAAACUACUUGAGCAAAGUACCAGAAUUAUGAAAGAAAAUAU